GAGAGAGAGAGAGACAGAGAGAGAGAGAGAGAGAGAGAGAGAGAGAAAUACAUGCUCCUGCACUCCAGAUAUAUUAGUGUUUUGUUUUUGUCCUGCUCUGCUACUGGUUCCUCGUGCAUAACCAGCCAUUUUGUAGUGGUGAAGUGACACUUUAUUUGAAGACAGCAGGUCUUAGAAGAACAAGAGUUCUCCUGAAACGUCUCUGCAGAGCUCUACUUAGGUUUACCAAGAUAAGCCCUACCAAGCAGCCCUGUUUAGUUUUGGAGGAAGCCACUUGCAGCACUGGAUGAUGCUGCAUGGGACAAGCCUGUGACUGUGCCCUUCUACUAAAAGGCAUUUUUUGAGGAACGAACUUGUGUGUGAGUCUGUGAAACUUCAGCUUGACCAGUUGGUGAAUGCACAAUCAACAGCGCAGCAGCUGGUGUGUGUUGAGGCUCUGGGGGUCAGCUGGGUUGGGGCAGGGCCACAGUGGAGGAGAACACGCUGGAUUUCUCUGGGAUGGAGGGCCAUGGCUAUGAUCGUUACAUGGAUGGGGAACAUGACAGCUAUCAGAUCGACUACCGCCGCAUCGUGGGGGACACAGAGCCGGCCAGGCCUCGGCUGAGCCCCCGAGACCAAGACCACCACUUCCAUGGCCCGUUCGGACACAACACACCCCACGGGCAUGGCCACGGGCAUGAAACAGCUGCCCAGCGCUACAGCGCCACACGGAUCCAGGCCGGCUAUGAGCCAGAGAGUAUGGCUGAUUACCUGAUCAGUGGAGGAACAGGCUAUGUGCCCGAAGACGGACUCACUGCCCAGCAGCUCUUCGCUAUAGGAGACGGUCUCACAUACAAUGAUUUCCUAAUCCUGCCUGGGUUCAUUGACUUCACCUCUGAUGAAGUGGAUCUGACCUCUGCCCUGACUCGGAAGAUAACCCUGAAGACCCCUCUCAUUUCUUCUCCUAUGGACACUGUGACCGAGUCCUCCAUGGCCAUUGCUAUGGCUCUCAUGGGUGGGAUUGGGAUCAUCCAUCACAACUGCACUCCAGAAUUCCAAGCAAAUGAGGUUCGGAAAGUUAAGAAAUUCGAGCAGGGUUUUAUCACAGAUCCAGUUGUGAUGAGUCCCAGGCACACGGUGGGGGAUGUAUUUGAGGCCAAGGUCCGGCAUGGCUUCUCCGGAAUCCCCAUUACAGAAACUGGCAAGAUGGGCAGCAAGCUGGUGGGCAUCGUUACAUCACGAGACAUCGACUUCCUCUCAGAGAAGGACUAUGACAGACCGUUAGAAGAGGCGAUGACAAAGAGGGAAGAUUUAGUAGUUGCACCAGCAGGUGUUACGCUAAAAGAGGCCAAUGACAUCCUGCAGCGCAGCAAAAAAGGUAAGCUGCCCAUCGUGAAUGACAGUGAUGAGCUGGUUGCUAUAAUUGCCCGCACUGAUCUGAAGAAGAACAGAGACUAUCCUCUGGCCUCCAAAGACUCCCGUAAACAGCUGCUGUGCGGCGCCGCUAUUGGUACCCGUGAGGAUGACAAGUACCGGCUGGAUCUGCUCAUGCAGGCAGGAGUGGACGUGGUAGUGCUGGACUCAUCUCAGGGAAACUCAGUGUUUCAAAUCAGUAUGAUCAACUAUAUUAAACAGAAAUACCCUGAGCUACAGGUGGUGGGGGGCAAUGUUGUAACAGCAGCCCAGGCUAAGAAUUUAAUUGAUGCUGGUGUGGAUGCUCUCAGAGUGGGUAUGGGCUGUGGAUCCAUCUGCAUCACACAGGAAGUAAUGGCAUGUGGGAGGCCCCAGGGCACCUCCGUGUAUAAAGUGGCAGAGUACGCUCGCCGUUUUGGUGUGCCAGUCAUCGCUGAUGGUGGCAUUCAGACAGUCGGGCAUGUAGUGAAGGCUCUGGCUCUGGGAGCAUCCACAGUGAUGAUGGGCUCCUUGCUAGCAGCCACGACAGAAGCACCUGGGGAGUAUUUUUUCUCAGAUGGAGUACGGUUGAAGAAGUACCGUGGUAUGGGCUCUCUGGAUGCUAUGGAGAAGAACAGUGGUAGCCAGAAGCGCUACUUCAGUGAAGGUGAUAAGGUGAAGGUAGCUCAGGGAGUAUCUGGCUCGGUUCAGGAUAAAGGUUCAAUCCAUAAAUUUGUUCCAUACCUCAUUGCUGGAAUCCAACAUGGCUGCCAGGAUAUUGGAGCAAAGAGCCUGUCAAUCUUACGUUCUAUGAUGUACUCUGGAGAACUGAAGUUUGAGAAGAGGACCAUGUCUGCUCAGGUGGAAGGGGGCGUCCAUGGCCUGCACUCAUAUUCUUUUGUGCCAUUUAUGAGAAGCGGUUAUACUGAGGGUGGCAGCAGAGGCCAGAUGAGAGCAUUCCCCAAUGUUCCUACCCCAACUGUGACCAAACACAACGGAUUCAUGUGAUCCUGACACAUCCUACACUUCUCCCAUCCUCCCUCCUUCCCCCUGGUCACCUUCUCUGAAGAAAAGAUGGUCUGUUGUUCCUUACCUGCUGUGAUCUGCAGUGUGGUCCAGCAGCAGCAGUGCAAGUACCUGCAUGCUGACUUCAUAACACAGGCCUGAACAUUACUGUGCACUUUCUGCUCUUUCUAUUGCGUGAAACUGUAUCAGUGGGGUCUCUUGGCUUUUGCUGUGUAUGACAGUCCUGUCAUGUCCUCAGUGUGUGAUAGACCUCACAGGUUAGUAUAUACAGUCUAAUGCUUUCGAAUAUCAAGCACUGUGGCACCACACACUGUAACUUCCUCACCAUGGCACUCUGCAAGAAAACACAAACUCCUUUUCUUAGACUGUACAUUUAUCUUGUGGCCACUGUAACCAAAAAGUCUUAUCUGUGGGCCGACUAGCAAUAAACUGUGACCUGACUGGUUUUUAAGGCAUUAAGGGGAUCUAGGAAGCAAGCUAAAUAUAAUAAGAUUUAUGUGAAUGCAUGUGGGCUAGUUCACAAGCUGCUUGUUUCAGCAUGCUUCUUAGGUUCUCCCAAUAGCCAGCUAAGAAUAUGGAACCAGAAGCUAAGCAUUAGCCUUAAAAUCAGGGAUCCCCUCAACCUGCAUGCCUUAUGAAUGAAAGCAAAGCGUAGAACUAAGAUGUCACAUGAGAGAAAUCUCUGAUUGGAAUUGUAGUUUUUCAUUCAGACAUUGUGAGAGUCAGAGUCUUGACCAUUAGAAAUACUGGCAUAUAAUAAAGUACUCUGACAUAUGAUUUGUCAAGAACAAAAACAUGUUAACAAAUGGCUGCAGUGACGAAAAAAUGUAAUGAAAACAGUUUUUAUUAGACAUUGAACAUUCCUGUGUGGGUGACUUGGAUCCGAGUAGAGCGUCACUGUACAGUUUGCUUUUCCGAGAAGUGCACCAUGGUCCAGGUAUUUUGGUUAAUGGUGUAAGAAAAAUGUUAGUGUUGUACAUUUGCUUGGUGUAAUAUCAAGAGUGAUACUUUGCAGUGUAAGAAAUUGAUUGCUGCACAAUGAAUGUAUAAUGACUCCAUUCAUUUGUUCAAUCAAAGCAACAAUGUAAUAUAUGGAUGUGUACUUUGAUGGUGUGGAUGUGUGACUGUCAUUUUGUCCAAGUCAUUGUUUAAACUGAGUGGAAUGCAUAUGGAAAGUCACAUGAUUCCCUAUAUUUGUACAGAACCUGUUUGGAAGAGAAACUGCUAAAAUAAGUCUAUUUUAUUAUAAUACUUUAUUUUGUUGAAUGUUCCUGUAUUAUUUUUGACAACAUUCUUCUGCUGAGGUGAAGAAAUGAAGAUAUCAUAUAUAGUUUCUUUAAGUGAAAAAGUAGCCGCUAGGCCACUGUUUUAUAAGAAGGCCUAAAAUGAGCUCUCAAAUAAUCAAAUCUCCGUUCUUUAGCUAUGUAAAGCACAGAUAGAGCUAAGGAAGUUUGGUGUAUAUAAUCCGUGGUCAGAGAUAAUAAAGACUUCUCUGUAGGUCAGGCUUUUGCUGCUUAUGUAUUACUCUCUGUGCACUCAGUCAUGCAGUGCAAAAGAGUCGCAUUAAUAAAGAUGGUUAUAUAAUUAACAACAA